GCGCCACCGUGGUCUCCUACCCGAAAUCGAGUGUGGCAAGUUCGACCGCGACAAGAUACUAACGAGUGCCUGAGCGAACCUUGAUGUUAGGCGUACUGGUACAGUAUUACCCGACUAAAGAUGAACAUAAAUACAACAGGUGUUUAUGCGUUCAAACCAACUAACCUUUUCAUCUUCGUUCAGCACUUCCUUUCUAAAGUCCUUCCUUUAGUAUUUGUCGUCAUGUCUAUUACUGCAGUUGUCGUCCGGUUUAUCUGUCUUGUUGCAUUGGGACUCACCUUCGUCCCCAUCACAAUUGCGAGUCCUGCGCCGCUCAGAAAGGCUUGGAACAUUCGUGAGGCCGACCAAGUCCAUGCUCUUACGCUGUUAGAUACCCUCGUCCCAGAAACACCUCAGAUACCUGAAAUCAAACAAGGGUUCCAUCAACAGCUUUUGAAACAAACACGCAAACUUCGAGAGCGGUCUCAGCUUGGGGAGAUAAAGAGGGAGCCUGAGCCUAAGCCUUACAUGGGGGCCUGCGUCAUGGGAUGUUAUCGGUCCAUCGAAGAACAAACUGAGACUAUGAUCACGCCCGAAGAGCCAGCGGCUGAUGACAACAAGAAGAGGGCCUUGCCCCUGUGGAUGUACAGUCAAAAGCGCGGAGUUGAGGUCAUCCAAGAUGUCGCAGCGUGAGAAUAUGUUCACAACGGUUCCCCUGGGUAGUCAGAAACAAGACUGCUCCAACCUCGAGGACCAAUGACCUGGACCGACUGCUGGCAUAUGAUACUGUUACCAUUCGAGUAGUUAUUUAUUUUCAAGCAGAAUUGAAGAUCUGUAUUGACACAUUCAU